AUGCUUCAGAAUCUCCUCUCGAAAAGGGAUUAUAAGUAUAUCCUGAAAAAUAAAGGCAAUAUUAACAGUUCCUGUAAAGAGUCUUUGUUAGAAGAUUUUCAGAAACCAAGUCUCACACCUACUGGGGAUAUUUUAGAUAGGCGCUGGCCAGCGCAUACUAUACAGGAACUCACAAAUAAUGAAGCAAUAAUGUGUGAAAGCUCAACAGGAGGAUUAUCAUGGGAUGUGAAGCCGCGUAAUUCUUUUGUACAAGACAUACAAAAAAUAAAAAUCUUUAUGAUUAAACAUAAUAUGGACAUUCUAUAA